AUGACCUGCGACGAGCUGCCCGACUAUGGCAGAAGACUCAUACCACAGAUUCUCGACAAUGUGGCCAAGACUGACCCUGACCGCAUUGUGUACUCUAUCGCAGACUUCACGGAUGGAUCCCGCGACUUUCGACAUAUAUCCGCGAGGCAAUUCUCUAAGGCUGUUGACAAAACCGCCUGGUGGCUUCGAGCACAGCUUGGGACAUCAGAUCACACUCGUCCACUUGGGUACAUCGGUCCUCACGACCUGAGGCAUGUCUUACUAACAUACGCGGCGAACAAAGCUGGAUGCUCUGCUCUUUUCCUCUCACCUAAGAACAACGUUGAAGGAGCACUUGCUGUUCUUAAAACUGCAAAAUGCGACGUCUGGAUCAAUCCCAGCGAGAAGGCGCUUCUGCCCCUGAUCGAAGGGUUUCUGCAGCAACGGCCCAUGACCGUGUUGCAACUUCCGUCGCUGGAUGAACUUCUUGACGCUGAAUCAACUGAACCUUUUCACUUCACCAAGACGUUCGUGGAGGCCGCUAAUGAACCGUUCUGCAUGUUGCACACGUCCGGAACUACUGGAGUGCCAAAGCCCAUCCGGUGGACUCAUGCCCUUGUUGGGACGAUGGACGCGGUCCGAUUACUACCGCCUACCAAAGGAGACAACGGAUUGAAACCAUGGACUGCGGACUGGUGUAAAGGCGACACGCUCUACUCUUCAUUCCCAAUGAGUCACGGCGCUGGCAUCAUCAUGAAUAUCAUGAUGCCUUCGCUGUUUGACCUUCGAUGUGUGCUAGGCCCUGCCGGUGUCUUGCCCAAUAUGAACCUGGUAGAAUCCCUUGCAGAGCAUGCUGAAAUCGACAUCUGGAGCAUGGUCCCGUCACUGGUGGACGAGCUGGGAGAGACCCCUGACGUCUUGGCAAAGUUGACAAAAUCAAAGUUUAUAUGUGCUUCAGGAGGACCCGUCAGCCCAGACAUCGCCUCCAAGGUCAACGAUGUGAUCAGAAUUUUGAACUUAACUGGAACCACGGAAGGUCUGUUCAUAGGCAAUCUAGUCGUCAACCGGCAAGACUGGCUCUGGUUCGCUUUCCAUCCCUGGUCAGGUUUCGAGUUCAAGGAGAUCGAGCCAGACACCUACGAACACUGGGUUCAUCGCAAUGAGCACUGGGAACUGUUCCAAGGUAUCUUUCAGACGUUCCCAGAGAAAGACUCGGUGAACCUGAAAGACCUCUAUGUCAAACAUCCCACCAAACCUAACCUAUGGGCAUUCAAGGGCAGAAGUGACGAUGUUGUUGUGCUUUCCAAUGGCUAUAAGAUCUCUCCACUCUCACUCGAAGCUUUUAUAUCUACUCAUCCCGCGAUAGACAGCUGCCUAGUGAUUGGCAGUGGUAAAAGGCAAGCUGGACUUCUCAUCGAGCUCAGAGAUCCUACAGAGAGAGACAUUGGACUGUUCGACAGCAUCUGGGCAACCGUGGAAAAAGCAAUGGAGAACUCGCUCCACAAAGCUCAGCUUCGAAGAGCUUAUGUGACAUUCGCCGAGCCCGACAAGCCAUUCAUCAAGACCGACAAGGGUACGGUGAAGCGAGCAGCCACACUCGCACUUUACGCUGACUACAUCGACCGCUUUUACAACUCCAGAGACGAAGAGCCCGAGGCUGUGGCUAUCGACACGAGCUCCUUGGAUUUGAUUAUUGAAUCUCUUCGUGAAAUUCUGGGAUCUUCGCUGCCCAUGAUUUACGACGCUUCUCCUGACACAGACUUCUUCGACCUCGGGCUGGACUCCCUGUUUGUCUUCCAAGCCGUCAACACCAUUCGAGCCAGCUUGAAACUGCAGGAUCAGCUGGCACCAAGGCAUGUCUACGCAAAUCCAACACUGGCGAAAUUCGCGUCCGUCCUGAUGCAACUGCAUGCAGAGGCUAAGAAACAGCAAGCAGGGGUCAACGGAUCCACUCAGAAUGGAACGGGCCAUCUACGAGAUUUGAUCAGGCAACAUCAGUUGCGAACAUCAAUCCGUAUGAACCCCUUCGACUACGUCAAUCCCAACCACUACAUGGGUCUGAACUUUUACUUCCCCUUACAGGACGGCGUGAGCUUCGAAGACGCCUUUGCAAAGUUACAGGCCGGGCUUGCACGAGCACUACAGCUCAUACCAGCACUCGACGGCCGCAUGAUGUUCGAGGAUGACCAGGAGAUCGGGUAUAAGAAGGGCCAUCUUCGUCUCAGUAUUCCUCCUCUUCCUCCAAUGACUCCUUCGGGGAGACACUUUCCAGCACCGAGGCAACUGGCUUUCAAAGAUCUGUCUGAGUACUUGCCUUCGUUCGAGCGACUGCGAGAGACGGGCUUUUUGCCUUCAAUGGUUCCUGACGAUCUGGUUCUGCCGUGUCCGACCUUUCCAUCUUAUCCAGCGGAUAUCAUCGUCGCAAGGGCAAACUUUGUCAAAGGCGGAUGCAUACUCGCUGCCAACUUUCACCACGGAUGCUUGGACGGCAUCGGAGUCAUGAUCGCCCUGAAAGUAUGGGCAGAGAGCUGCAAGUUCGUCAGCGGAGACUCGACUGCAACUUGCAGUUGGCUUGACCCUGAGAGCUUCAAUCACAGCCUACUAGAGAUUCUGCACGAAGUUGAAGGAUACGCAAAACCCGCAGAAGAAGUCGACCCAGGUGUCUGGGGUUUCUUGCCGUUCCUUCGGCCAGAAGGCUUUGAGCACAAAGCGCACAUCAACGGCUUCGUCAACGGCGACAGCGAAAAGCACAACCCACCCAAGGCUUUACCUCCACCUCCAGUUUGGCCUCACAAGACGAUUUGGCCUCCGUUGCCGGAUCCAGCAGGACGCUGUCUAAAGACUACAAUGUUCUUGAUUCCCAAGCACAAGGCUGAUAAACUGAGGGAGGAUGUCGCAGCUGACCCAGCAGCCAAAGGCAUCACUUCGAUCAGCGACAUCGUCCAGGCCUUCUUUUGGAAGAUCGCCAUUCGUGCGAGGUACCGUGUUGCAACCGAGAUCCAUGGGGAAAUGAUCGCGUCCAACGACACCGCCAUCCUGGAACUUCCCAUCGAUGGUCGCCCAUACUUCUCCUCCCAACUACCAGCGACCUAUAUGGGAAGCAUGCUCAUACUCAACCGGCCGACCAUGAACUUGGAGACACUUUGUUCGCCAACAACAAGUGUUGGACAAGUCGCAACUAUUCUCCGCGAGGCUGCAGCACGCGUUACGCCGUCUCUAGUCCACGACGCCUUCACACUUCUGCAAUCACUGCCUGAAGUCAGCACCGACCGCUUCUCCAUCGCCGAUAUGGGACUCGAUGGAAUGCACGCCAUGAUCUCGAACAUGAUCCUCUUCCAGCCAAAGGAGAUCUGUUUCGGGGACAGCUUCUUUGGCAAUGGAGGGUCGCCUGAAUCUCUACGACCUCAGAUUGAUCGCGGUAACCGCCGUUUCCGAUUCUUGGUCGUCUAUCCCAUGAGGAGCGAUGGUGGUAUUGAACUAGUUCUGGGGACGCUGCCGGAUGAGCUGGACAUGUUGAAGAAAGAUGAGGAGUUCAUGAAGUAUGCUGAGCUGAUGGAUCACAGCCAGCAUUGA